AUGGUUACUAGCGUUCGCUUUAUAGUUGGAAUUAUAGGAUCUGUAGUCUGUGUGCUCCUCUAUGCGGUUCCAGUGCUGACGUUUAAGAGAGUGGUAAAAGAGGCCAGUGUUGGAGAUUUCUCAUGCGUCCCAUAUAUCCUAGCUCUUUUCAGUGCCUUCACUUGGGGCUGGUACGGCUUUCCAAUUGUGAGUGAUGGGUGGGAGAACCUAUCACUCUUUGGUACCUGCGCUGUUGGAGUACUCUUUGAAACUUCAUUCGUCAUCGUAUACAUAUGGUUUGCACCAAGAGACAAAAAGAAGUUUGUCGUGCUAAUGGUAUCUCUGGUUGUGGGAAUGCUCUGCGUAAUUGUAUCUUUGUCAAGCUUCAUAUUCCACACACACCAUAAGCGCAAGGUAUUUGUUGGUAGCAUUGGUAUAGUGACUUCCAUGUCGAUGUACUGCGGUCCGCUUGUAGCCGUGAAACAAGUUAUCAGGACAAAGAGUGUGGAGUUCAUGCCUUUCUACCUGUCAUUGUUUUCCUUAUUAACCAGUUUUACUUGGACGCUGUAUGGAAUCCUAGGAAGGGAUCCCUAUCUUACGGCACCAAAUGGCGCCGGGUGUUUAACUGGAAUUCUUCAGUUAGUUGUGUACUGCAUUUACAGCAGAUGCAAUAAUAAACCACCGAAGACAGUCAAUGAUAUUGAGCUGGUAAAUGACCUGGACAUAGCAACUAGUCGUCAAGAUACAAAUGGCUGUAAGCCUUAG